AUGAGUGCCUUUGCUACCAAGGAAUUCAAGGAGAUACCGAAAAAGUACAUAAAUCCUCUUGAACCAAAAGAUAUUGGAGAAGGAAGACGUGUCAAUGGUAAGGAGUGGAAAAUCAAGAAGGAUGCAUUUAGAGUAAAGACUCUUGGGGUCACCAAAUUGAGUUCCUGGGAAUUAAGAGAGAGAAAGAGACAGGAGGAUAAGAAUUUUAAAGCUAGAAUAAACGAUUUGAAGCAAGAAAAGGAUGAUGUCAAGCAAGCUAAGGUUACUGAGUUAAAGAAGAGAAGAGAAGCAAAGGAAGAAAAGGAAAGGUUUGCUAGAAUUUCCGAAAAGAUGCAUAAGAAGAAGGUUGAGCGUAUGAAGAAGAGAGAAAAGAGAAAUAAGCUAUUGAAAGAACGUUAG